ACGGAUCUUUAUUUUUCAUUUGGAAAAUGGCGGCUUCUAGCCCAACUUGUGCCCCAGAUGGGGUUGGCGACGAACCUGCUUCUGAACCAGAACAGGAGACCGAUACCUGGGCAGCACAGGGACCGAUCGUCAAGAGAGAACCCGAGUUAAAAUUACUGAGUCCGAUCAGUGGUGUGGAGCCCCUCUCGUGGUCUGAGGACCACAGACUUGCAGCUUCUACCUCCACCAGCAUCUCUGUUGUGGAACUCGUGUGUGAUGUUAAUGUUCAUAACCAGAACUUGAUUUUACAUCGAACACUAAUUCCCGUACCGGAGUCUCCUUACGAGUUUAAGGUGGGCCCAGAGGAAGAAGUCUUAAAAGUGAAAAAUGACUUGGCAACAUCAAGUGACCCAACUGUGACACAGACCUUCAUGAUUGACAAAGUGAUGAACCCCCAGACGGGUGCACCACGGGGUGUGAAGUACACCAGCUGGUCACCUCUGGGCUGUGACGUCAAUGGCCGCUGCCUGUUGGCCACUCUCACACUGGACAACCGGCUGACAGUGUACAGCAGCCGAAAACGCCUGCAGUGGACUCAGGAGGUGGACCUAACCAAGCUAUAUGGUGAAAUGCUAGCGUCCCGUGACUACUCUUCUGUUUCGCACGAUGGCUCAUCCUCUUCCUCGUCCUCUACGUCGGCCACUCCUGCUCCUCUGACUGACCCGGAGGAGCUGCGCCGGCGGUAUCGUAUGCAGACGCCCGUGCGUAUGGAGUGGUCGAACAUGUGCACCAGGCAGCAGGUGCAGACCAACAACAAGUGCCAGGAAAUAGAGACAGUGCUGCUGGCUGUGCUGAUGGAGAACGGCGACCUGGUGGUGUGGCAGUUCAGCCUGCCGCUGCAGGGCGAGGACGCAGUGAUCUCCUGCAACACCAUCCAAUCGGGCAUGGCCUCUCCCAGCGUGCUGGCAUGGUGGGAGUACGAGCACGGCGGGCGGCGCAUGAGCGGCCUGAUCGUGGGAAGCGGCUCCGGGCCCGUCAAGAUCCUGCCGGUCAACUUGCGCGCCGUCAAGGGCUACUUCACGCUGCGGCAGCCCGUGGUGCUGUGGCCCGAGUCGGACCGCAUCCCCGUGCACCAGAUCCGCUGUGUCACUCUCUUUCACCCGCUGCACAAGUGCAACUGCAGCCUGGUGGUGGCGGCGCGCGGCUCCUACCUCUUCUGGUGCCUGCUGCUGAUCACCAAGGCUGGCCUGAAUGUGCACCAUUCGCACGUGACCGGUCUGCACGCCACCCCCAUCACCUCGCUCAGCGCUGGCCACCAUGGUGGCUCGGUGUACACCUGCGCGCUGGACGGCCACGUAAAGAAACUCACCCCCAUUUUCACAGACGCUGCUGUGCUCUUCAAGCAGGAGGAUGUGCCCCUGCCUGAGGGUGUGGUCGGAAAACGCCUGCACGGUAUUAGUGUAAGCCCGUAUGGUGCUUACAUGGCCGUGGUCACCACAGAGGGCAUGACCAACGGCCUGCACCCAGUUGAACGCCACUAUCAGGUCCAGUUUGUGACGCUGAAGACGCCUGAGGAUGCGGCCACUGAGCUGCUGGAGUCGGGCGUACAGAACCUCUUCCGGCAAGCCGAUCUGCUGGACCUACUGCGGUGGAAGGUGCUUCGGGACAAGUGCAUUCCGUCACUCCUCAUGGACGAGCUGGACGAGAAGGUGCACAGCGCGGGCACCCCCUACCUGUGGAGACUCAAGCUCUUCCUGUGCCGGGUUUUCUACCAGUCGCUGCAGAAGUCGCCCACUGAGUCGCGCUGGAGGCCCAGCCACGAGGACCCCAAAGCCCCUAUGCUGGGGGAGGACGAGGGGGAGGGGGACGAGGAGAGCCAGGCCCAGGGGGAUGGAGAGGGAGACAGGGAAGGGCAGAACGCAGAGCACAAGUCCAAAGCCGAGGAGGACAGGAUGACCGAGGUACUGGCUUGGAUGGAGGUAGUGGAGGUGCACCUGACACGCGAGCACAUGAAGCGCGUGCUGGGAGAGGUGUACCUGCACACCUGGAUCACGGAGAACACCAGCAUCCCCACGCGGGGGGUGUGCGACUUCCUCGCCAGCGACAACAGCUGCGAGGACAGGGCGGCUAAGGUGAGGACACGAUGGCUCAAGUCUAAUGACCUGAAGAGGUUCACAGAAAUAGAGAGGCAAACUUCUUGGAUACUUCUUUUAGUCAUUUCAGGAAUGCAAGACACAGAGGCAAACAAAGACACUGUAGCUGUACCUUGCUGCUAACCUAACUAGACCCAAAGAAGAGGAAAAUGUUGCUGAGAAGCAUCAAGCGGAGAAUCUGAGCAAAUGUCCUUACACAUUGAGCUCACAUUGAAGCAUCAGGUUUUUUUUUUGCAUUAAUAAUAUGCAAGAAAUGAGUGAUACCGGUGAAAGUGGUUAUACCAGAUUGUCGUGUGUUUCCAGAGUUAAGUGUUCCUUAAAGAUAACCUGACUCCGCCAGAUGGAGGCUUCGCAUUUGCUCUGCAUGUCCAUCUGGGAACUUUCUGUUGGAAAACUUUUGGGAAGGGGCAGAAAUACUGGUUAGCUGAUUGGAUAAACCAUCUGUCUAUCACCACCUAUGUUGGUUAUCGACGGGCCAAAUCAACCAAUUAGAUGAACAAAGUGUUC